AUGUCCCAGGAGCUUUGGGGCGAGGUGUGGAGGCAGGUGAAGCCCAGCAUAAUUUGUAUGUGCCCCAACAACUUGGAGGCACUUUCCUGGCUGUCAAAGCACAGCAACGAGGCAACGGUGCUGGAUAUGGAGUUUAUCGGCGCCGAAGAGCAGACACAGGAAUUGGUGCAGCAUUCUCUGACUUUGGCUGCAGGUCUCACCACGUUGCAGGCUCUGCGGCUGGUUGCUCGCCGGUUUGAUGACAUCAGCAUCCUGACCCAGAGGCCACUGAGACAUCUGGAGCUGAAGGCAGUCCAUUUCACUGACAAGCGUGGCUUUUACAUGCUGGGUUGCCUGCGCUCUUUGGAGACCCUGGCCAUCCAGGUUCAUGGGGAAGAAGCCGAGCUUCCUGGGCUGGACCUGAGCGGUUGUAGUAAAGACUACGAUGUCCGUUCAUUUCUCACCAGUGUGUUUGCGGCGUCGACCUUCCUGGAGGUGGGAAAUAAUCAAACAGACAUCACCCUGGAGGUGCGUGAGAGCCUCCAGCACCUGGAGUCUCUGAGCAUCAGCGGCCGCAGAGUCAAGCUGAGCACCAAAACAGCACGCAAAACAACGGGGCCUCCGGAUCCACGAGAGUUUCAAGAAAUCGGCUGGGUCAACGGCAUCGAGCGUGACGAGAUGUCCUCAGGAGCAUACACGGCUGCUGUCGAUGAACGCUUGGCAGCGCAUGCUGGCUCUGCAGGCGCAACGGCGGCGAUGUCCUUUGCGCAAUUGCAUAAUCCAGUCUGCCGAUUCUCUUAA